AUGCAGCACGAGGGAGCAGUGAAGGAAGAAGGAAGAGGUCCAACGAUAUGGGACACAUUCUCCCACACUUUUGGUAAAAUCACCGAUUUUAGCAACGCCGAUGUUGCUGUUGAUCAGUACCAUCGUUACGAGGAAGAUGUACAACUCAUGAAGAAUAUGGGAAUGGACGCUUAUAGAUUUUCCAUUUCGUGGACACGCAUCUUUCCAAAUGGCGUGGGACAAAUAAACGAAGCCGGGAUCGAUCACUACAACAAACUCAUUAAUGCUUUACUUGCUAAAGGAAUCAAGCCGUACGUGACGCUGUACCAUUGGGACCUUCCUCAGACACUCCAUGAUCGAUACCUCGGUUGGCUAAACCCACAAAUCAUAAAUGAUUUUGCGGCGUAUGCUGAGGUUUGUUUCCAGAGAUUUGGAGAUAGAGUGAAGCAUUGGAUCACGUUCAACGAGCCACACACAUUCUCGAUACAAGGCUAUGACGUUGGCCUUCAAGCUCCAGGCCGUUGCAGCAUUCUUUUUAAGCUCACUUGUCGCGCCGGAAACUCAUCCACCGAGCCUUAUAUCGUCGGUCACAAUGUUAUUCUCACUCACGCCACCGUUUCCGAUAUCUACAGGAAAAAGUAUAAGGCAAAGCAAGGAGGUUCGUUAGGGAUAGCGUUUGAUGUAAUGUGGUUCGAGCCGGAGUCCAACAAGACUGAGGACAUUGAAGCUGCACAAAGAGCUCAAGACUUUCAACUUGGCUGGUUUUUGGAUCCGUUGAUGUUUGGGGAUUACCCGAGUUCGAUGAUAAGCAGAGUCGGAAGCAGAUUGCCAGUGUUUACAGGAGCUCAAUCUGCUCUGGUGAAGGGUUCUCUAGAUUUUGUAGGGAUCAAUCAUUACACAACGUACUACGCAAGGAACAAUGCCACCAAUCUCAUUGGCACCCUCCUACACGACGCUAUUUCGGAUUCUGGAACCGUCACUCUACCUUUUAAGGGUUUAAGGGCAAUUGGAGAUAGGGCUAGUUCAAUAUGGCUGUACAUAGUGCCUAGAGGGAUGAGAAGCUUGAUGAAUUACAUCAAGCAGAGAUAUGGAAACCCUCCAGUCUUUAUCACUGAAAAUGGAAUGGACGAUCCAAACAACUUUCUGAUCUCAAGAAAAGAAGCUCUCAAAGAUGAGAAGAGAAUUAGAUAUCAUCAUGAUUAUCUUUCGAGCUUACAAGCAUCGAUUAAAGAGGAUGGAUGCAAUGUGAAAGGCUACUUUGUGUGGUCACUAUUAGACAAUUGGGAAUGGGCAGCUGGUUACAGUUCAAGGUUUGGUCUCUAUUUUGUUGAUUAUAGAGACAGUCUCAAGAGAUACCCUAAGGACUCAGUUCAUUGGUUCACUUCUUUCUUGAACUCCACUUCUUGA